AUGAUAAAAUGGGUACUGAUCGUCAGCUUGGGGUGCUGCGCGCUGAUGUACAGCGCCAGCUCGUCGCCCAUCGCUAGCAGCAGUACGACAGCCGAACCGGAAAAGAACGAGCAGUCGGGAGCGUCAGCCGCCGUCGCCGAGGCGUCCGAAAAGUUGGUGGCCACGUCGCCGGACAGCGGCCGGCAGUCGGCCGAGGUUUCGGCCUCGCAACCGGCCGCCGUGUUCGAACCCGAGGCCGCUCCGGCAGCUCCGUCCGCCCCGGUGCCGGUAGCCCCGUCGUCGUCCACCGACGAUGACGACGACGACGACGACGACGACGACGACGAUGACGUCGACCUGGACAUUACCGGGGACGACGACGAUGACGACGACGACGACGACGACGACGACGACGACGACGACGACGAGGAGGACGACGAGGAGAGUGACCCCGCCCCGGCGGCCAGCGCCAAUUCGGUAGCCGGCGAGCCGGCCGGCACCGCGUCCGGCGCGAACGCUGCCGCCGCACCGGCGGCGACGUCAUCGUCGUCGAACGACGAUGACGACGACGACGACGAAGACGAGGACGACGAUUACUUCGACCGUUUCUUCGAAGACAUCCUCGGAGGUCAGUGCACAAAAUAUCGUUACGAUAACGCAAUAACAUAAUAAAAUACAUCGUUAUCGUUAUUUUUAGUACGCUUUCGUCAGCCGCACGUUAGGCGUUUCGUUCGAGUUCUUUUCGCACGCAUGCACGGGGAUAGAAAGCUUAUUUUUGGUGUUUUUUUCCCGAAUUUUUCCGCCGACCGGCUACGGUUUAUCAUCGCGGGGAAAACGCGUAACGCGAGUAGAAAUCCGACGACGUCCGUCGGCGUCGAGCCGUUAACCUAACCGUCCGAAAUCGCGUCGCGCGCUCCAACCGAACAGCCGCAUUAUCGUCCGCUUCGCGUCUCGCCCGAAACCGCAUCGCUCCGCGGGAUCGCUGUCGAGCGACACCGUGUUAUGGUUAUUGUAAAUAACGAUAACACGGUCCGUUCGCGGUUUUCGCGGGACGUCGGAUUGAACGACGGUUGACAAUAACGUUACGACGGACACACUGUCGCGCCACCGUUCGCUAUCGUCACCGUAGCGACUGUCGCGGAACAACCGCGCCGCCCCGCCGGACCCCGCGACCGCGCGAGACGAUAACGCCCGCGUCCCGUUUCCGUUUCCGUGGAUUUCCCGACGUUUUAACGUUUUCGCGCGCGUCCCCGGGAGACGGCCGCGCUCGCGUGUACAGUUGUUGGCGACGUUUUUUUUUUUUCCCGUAAAACGUGCAUAAGAACGCCGCCGCGUUUUCACCGCCAACGACAAUAGCCGCUGCCUGGUUUUUAUCAUUUUAUACGGCGAACGGAGAUCGGAUCCGGUCUUUUCCCGCAGUUCGCCCGCGAUUAAACCGUUAAAACGCGCAACCGAAAUCUGCGUCGAAAGUAAACCGGCGGGACGGGGGGAGCGCGAGAGGAACGGACAAACGAAAUUUCUCCUUUCUCGAGUCGCGCGCUCCCUCCGCGGACGAAAAAAAAAAAAAAUAAAACCAUAAACCAAAUAAAUAACCCGUCACUUCCCGUAAUUUCCACGGUCACGGGCCGUCCGGUAACCAGAACCGCAUCCGCGCACGAGCGUCUUUCUCGCGCCGAACUCGCAACGUGAUGGGAAAAAAAAAAAAAUAAUAAUAAUAAUAAAUCCACGCGUCUUGCCCGCGAACGAUACGCGCCCGCGAGGAUCGUUGCCGGUGUUAUCCGCGUGUGUUUUGCGUUUUAUUGUUAUUUCGUUCGCUGCUUUUUUUUUUUUCUUCUCCCGUUAUUAUUUUCCAUUUCAUUCUUGCUCUUCCGCUUCUGCUUCCCCGUCGCUCCGACGGGGCCGCCCGCUCGCUUUGCACGUCCGAUAACGGCGACUCCGCCGCGAACAAUGAUAUUAUAAAUAUUCAUAAUAACAACAACAAUAAUACACUGGAUCGUUGACACCGGGCACCGUCGGUGCCUGUACCUCGUAUCACAUUGUUAUCACAAAAGCACUGCGCAUAAUAACGACAGCGGUUAACGCACGGGCGCGCGGUAACGCUAUUCGAGUACCCGUGGGUACCGGUGUUACCGCAACGAAUCGCAAAAACUGCCGCUGCGAACGACGCGAAACCGUAAAACACGUAUGAACAACAUCACGACAAUAUUUAUUCUCAAAUGGUUUUUGUGUAGUGUCGCCGUUCUAUUGAACACGUUGUCUGCUUUCGACCGUCGCGCACGCUUGUUUCGCAACGACACCGGUCGCCAGACCGCGGCUUUUCGCCGCCGUUUUCGCGUUCGCGGUAACGUCGAAACCGUCGAAACAGUUACCGUAACCCCGUCGACGCGGUUCCCGCGGAAAUUCGUGUCCCGGAUGAUCGUGUUGACCGCGGUACCGGCAGAGCGUGGCGUCGCAAACAACCGGCGGACGCCCGCGGGUCAGUCGACGUCGUGGGUUUCCACGACGCGAAAACAUUUUCGUCCGAUAGCUUCCCGCCGCAGCGGCGGGCGUCGGUAAAUUCGCCCCGGAAUUUCGGGGGGGGGGGGGGGGGGGGGGGGGUUGAGGACGCGCGAUCGCCGGUAUGACACAGUCGCCACGAACCCAUUUCGACGGGUGUACGGGAUACGGGCGGGAACGAUUUUUCAACGAGAACCCGCCCUACCUCUACCCGUACCGCGGGACGCCCAGCCGGCAGAUAACGACGCCGGGACGCGAAUAAUUUUUCGUAAUUUUUCUCUUUCAUUUUUUCGUCCACCGGUUCAAACGGCCUUUUCGUACGCAUUUCCGUAUACCGUAUCGAUUCUGCGGGAUCGAAUUUUUUUUUUUUUUUCUUUAUUUCGUUUUUCCCGCCAUUGUGCGGGCCUAGGGGUUUGGGGCGGACGCGUAUGUAGCAUGUCGCACGCAAAUUAUAUGAAUACCUACAGGCAUCUUGGAAUUUAUGACACGAGCGUAAUUUUGGCAUUGUGUGUCUGUUUGUUUUUUUUAGGUUGAUCGAACCCGAUCGACCGCGGGACACUAACAAUUAUACAGAAACAUAACAUCAAGAAACGACAAUAUUUUACACACAUAAAAAAUAAAUCUAUGUGUGCGCCCUAUACGUACACUUGUAUAUUGACAUUGUGAAAAACGACAUCGUGAAACUCAUCUCACUACUCUUAACGGACUCGAUUAUACACAAAAAAAAAAAAAAAAAAAACGAAACUUAUUUAUUUAUUUAUUUAUUUAUUUAUUUAUUAAUAAUUUAUUUUAGUUUUAAUAGAGAAUAUUCGACAUUAUUUCAACGCUAUAUUAAUAUAAUACACGUAUUAUUUUUAUUUUUUUUUUUUUUUCUUACGCACAUAUUAUUUAUUUCUAUGUACUAAGUAUAUAUAUACACCUAUAUACUUUAUAAUAUAAUAAAUAUUUAUUUACGACAAUUUGUUACCAAACCCGAACAAUAAUUCCACUCGAAUGACGAAUCCGUAAUAUUGAAUAUUAUAAUGUGUCGUCCCGAUACAACGGUCCGAAAAUGAAAAAAAAAAAAUAAACAUUUAUUAUAUGUAAAUUCGUGUUCAAUAUAGCGUAAGAUUUUAUUAUAAUAAUAUAUUAUUAUCAUAUUGAGUGUCAUAUAUAUAUAUAUAUAUAUACAUAACGAAUUAUUAUUAUUAUUAUUAUUAAUGUUUUUUUUUUUAUCAAAAAGUAUAAGAAAAAAAAAAAAAAACAUGGCUGUGAUAGCAAAAUAUUUCAGCAAAAAAUAAACAGAUUUUUGAAUACGUUGAAACGAUGAUAUUUUUUUAUAAUUUUUUUCUACGACAAUUCCCAUACACUGUCCGCAAAAAUAUUAUUACGUACAUGUAUAGUAUUAUUUUUUUUCUCCCGUGGUACGUUUAUAUAUGAUUAUUAUAAACAUAAAAAAAAAAAAAAAAAAAAAACAAACGAAAACCGGUGAAGGUAUACCCAAAACACAUUCACACAUACAUAAUACACACGAGUACAAAAUUGUUUUACGUAACGCUUAACUGUGCGUGGUGAUUUUGGUAUACGCGGACGAUGGUGGUGAAGUGUGCUGGACCGCAGGAAGCCCUUGUACCUGCGAUCUAAAGUCUUGUAUCUUAUAAAGCGUUUCCUGUCCGCGCGCUAACUCGAAGCAGAACUUCAACGCCCCCGCUCUAAGUAAAUAUGACGUUACAUACAUCGUGUACACUACUGGCCACUGGUGUCUUGCGGCAGUGGCGGCGCGAACCCCCGCGGUCCCCGGGGCACAAAGCGUACGCUGUUUUCCGGCGUCCCCUCUCUAUUCCGCCCCGGAGCUGCGCGUGUUAUGAUUAUUUAGAUUUUUCUCGAUAAUUAUAUCACGCGACGCGCGGUCCGUCCGCGGAGCGAUAACCGCCACGGAUUUCUCGUCCCGCAGCCACUGUCCCGAGUGACCAGCGCAGACGGACCCGUAUCGCUUGCGAAAACCCGACGGUCACGUUAAGCGGGCGUAACCGUGCGACAACCGCGACAUUCGCUACCGGCGAGUGCGGUUUACGUCGUUUUUUUUUUUUUUUUAAAUAAUUAUUACUACUGCAGCCACGUAUACGGAGAUUCGGUCGGAAAUCACAGGCGCGCGCCUCGAUAAACUUCACGAAGUUUACACGCGCGCGCCGAGUAGGCGAGAAGUACGGGUUUGUCCUGGUGGUCGUGUGCGAAUCGCUUUUUUUCUUUUCUUUUUUUUUUUUUUUUUUUUUUUUUUUUUUUUUAUCCAUAGCAUUAUUGUGUACAGAUUAUAUUACGAUAUGUGAUUUAUCCAUGGUAAACAUACCGGGACGGGUCAGGUUAGGUUAGGUGAGGAAAGGAUAUGACCUGACCCAACCUAAUCUCUUCCGUGACGAUAUAAUUUACACGUGUCCGUUGUUAUUGUUGUUGUUGAAACGUGCAGACGAAGAGGAAGAGGACGAAACAUCGUCGCUGAGCACGCUGGUGUUCGGCGCGUCGGCCACGACGGCAGCGACGCCGGCACCGGCGCAGGGCCUGUCCGUACCGUCGGCGGUUGACGACACGUCGGACUACGGGUCGGCCAACGAAGCAGGCGCGGGGGGCGAACAGUCGGCCAAUGUCAACUACGACGACAGCGCGGACGACGCGUCGUCUUCGUCCGCGUACGCGGACCCGGCCGACGGGCCGCACACCGUCACGCUCCUGUCGCCCGUGCCCAACGACGACGAGCUGGCCGACGGUAACGCGGCCGCGUCCGCCCCGUCGUCCGUCCAGGCGGUCGAGUCCAACAGCAUCGCCGCAGCCGCACCGCCAGCCGCCUCGAACCCGCCGGCCAACGCUAGCGACGACGACGACGACGACGACGAUGACGACGACGACGACGACGACGACGACGACGACGCUUCGUCCGCGAUUUCGGGAGCCGGCGCCGGCGGCGAUAGCGACGACGACGACGACGACGACGACGAUGACGACGACGACGACGAUUCCGCCGAAACGAGGACCGCGGCCAGGAGCCGAGCGCGUGAGUGCAUAAAAACAUACGGUAUGACGGGUAACGUCACUCGGGCCGCCCCCGUAACGUUUGUUAUCGUAACGAUAUCGUUUACACGUUUAAGAACGUAUUUUAAUUCGGUCCUCGAGACCGCAGCCGAUUACGCGGCCGUCGAAACCGGGGAGUAUGGGAAAUUGUCGGACACACUUUGCACCGUAGGUAGGGUUACUGUUUGACGGCGUGGGAUAUUAUAGGGGGCGCUGACGUUACGUUCGAUGUCGCACUGCCGUAAGCGGCGGUGUACCGUCGAAUAGCGACGUGACGAUUGAGAGUAGCCCGCGAAGCCGACGGACUCCUGAGGGAAAACCCCUCGGGUCCGAGUCCCGCGUACGGAAUUCGAAACUUGAAAAUCCGAAACAGAAAAACCGUUCACCGCUCUGUAUGCGCGUGCCGGCAGAUAUCCUAAAGCGAAAAGACCGAAUGCGGUUACGGUGGCGCGCCGUUCUCGCGGCGCGCCGCCUGUUCGGACAGCCGAACCGGCCCGCGAACACGGUACACGACGAAAACGUUUGAUUUUCGCCAGACACGACGGCGCGUCGUCGGCGGGGAUCUGAUCCGAAACGCAAACGUAUCGAAACGGGGCACGGGUAGCCGACCGCCGCGAGCCGUUCGCCCGUGUACGGCAACGUUUAACGCUCUAACGCGAUAACGCUAAUAUCGUUAAAUGGAUAAACCCCCCCCCCCCCCCNCCCCCCCCCGUCUCGGGUCUUGACAGUCGGUAAGUCGCUAUACAUCGUAAGUGCUUUUAUUAUGCGUUCGGGAAUAAUCAACGGGAGGGGAUGUAACGAAUACGAACCGUGAAAAAAUAGUAAAACCGUCGUCUCUACCGAAACCCGACUAUGGGAAUCGGUAAUUUAAAAUCCGGAUCCUGAAAAAAAAAGCCGAUUUCUAAUCAAUACACCGAGCUUGUUCUCGGAAAUCGGCCGAAAUUCACGAGUUUCGAUACUAGAACACUCGCAUUUCGUUGCAUGCCCAUUCAAGCCAACGGAGCGGGGAGGGCGUAACGCCUGACCUCUCCUACCCCCCCCCCCCCGGGCACGCCACCGGUUCUAUCGUGAGUAUACGGCGGCGGCCGUACACACGGGAUAUUUAAUUAAAACCGCCGGCGUACCGUGCGUGCGCAACGUAAACGUCCGACAACACGCGCCGCGAACGGCCGUCUUUUACAAAUGAUAGUCGUCGUUCGGUGUCUGCGUUCUGAAACGACGACGGUCCGAACGGGGGGCUUACCCCGACCCCGAGUUUCGGUGUGUGCCCGCGACUCGACCGGUCGCCCGCGCCUCGCCGCCGCGGUGGUCCCCGGGAAGCUCGCGCGGCGAUUGAUCGUCGGCCGUUAACGCGCGCGUGUGCUGACGCCCGCGCCGCGAGCGAAAUAAUUAAUCGCGCGGGUGCGGGCGUGUGGGUGCACGCGCGCGGCCGGGCGCGAGAACCGUUCGUCCCGUUUCGACGGCACGUGCGUUUUCGCGAAACGGGACGCCCGUGCAACCGCACCAAACUGAACGUCCGGAUUGCCGUUCGCGAACACGCACGCCGUAAUAGCAACGUUAUUACGCUCGCGUCCGAAAACGUGCGCGCGCGCGCGCGCCGUCCCGGUGUAACAUCGCGGGUAGCCGACGCGAUAACAAUAGCGCACGCGACGACAAUGCAAAUUAUUCGUUUCGGUGGCGGACGCAUUUUUCUCGCGAUAUCGGUCGUCGAUACCGUCGCCCGCGAAAUGCCCGGGCGCUCGUAGCGCCCGGGGCUCGCGGUUGUCCUAGAAAAUCGCGUUUACGUUCCGGGCACUACGUUCGUUUUCGCCAUCGUUUCCGCGGACGCUUUGCGCCACAAUGCGGCGCGCGCGUUCGCGGGGCUGUCGCUCGGUCGGGGGCCUCGCUUCCCCGCUCCCCCGCUCCCCCCCCUCCGUUACUGUUAAUAUUAACGUCCGCCGUUCGUCAGGCGUCGUCGCGGUUCGGGACGCGUAAAUCGAAACGGAUCCUCGGACGUAAAGUCGCGAUGUACGCGUUUCUCGUUCCGCGGCGCGGGUAGAACCGUUACGAGUAUCGCGCGCGCGCGCGUUAUAACCAGUAUUUCGGAAACCGCCCGAAAUAACUGCGCGUGCUAAAAAAAAAUCAGAAAAAACCGUUGUUACUGCACACGAGUUACGUACACGCACGAUAACAUUACCACAUCUCAUUAUCGUGCCAUAAUAAUGUGUACCGCGGGCGGCACCUCACGAUCAUAAUUAUUGUGAAUUAACGGAUUCUCGAAAUAACCUGUCCCGUCCGGUCGGUCCGUCCGCGAUCGUUUAACCGCGGCACGGCGUCAAUCGCGUGUCCGCUCAAUGAAAAAAUCCGACACCGGAAUUCUCGCAUUUCUACUCGCGAAACCCGGAUUUUUCCGUCCACGUACACACGCACGGCGGUGAAUAUCGUGGACAAAGACGUGCCCGUAUCAUCUAAUAUUCUAUGCAAUAUUUAUGGGACGGCCCAACGGCGAAUGUAUCCCAGUUUCGGGGAUAGGUGUGGGGGUGGGGCGAAUUUUAAAUCCGCGACGGCAACGGGAUAGUUGUAUCCCGUCUUUCGAGUAUCGUCGUGUCGUGGGUGCGAUAUAGCGGCGGCGAAAACCCCGAGGGGAAGAUCGAUCGGCGGAUCGCUCCUCCCUGCCGGGGCAAUCGGAAUUCCGAUGCGAGUGCCCGCUCAUUAGUUAAAAUUCCACCGCGACUCCUUUGGAAAUCCCGUCUGUCCGUCCGUUUUCGACACAACCCGUGGUAACAUGUUUCUCUUCGCGCUAUACGAUUUUGUCCAAAACCGGUGUCGUACAACACACACACACCGUCGUAGUGUGUUUUACGUUUUUUUUUUUUGGAAAACCGUCGAGAAUCCAGAAUAAUCUGUUUACGACGGGUGAGGUGUACGUACACUGUAUGUGAGAGUUUUCAGAACGUUUUCGCCAACAGAACCUAAACUUGUGCGCGCGUGUAUUUCGUUUUCUCUAUCGAAGAUGACAAUAAUUGAAUUGCCUCUAAAAUAAUUUAUCUAUCGAUACAUUUUUGCACGCACUAGUUUUACAACGUGUUUCGAGUUUUUUCCUGUCCAUAAACAACUUGUCUGCCAUCGAAACACAUUUAAUUCAAUAAUGUUCGGUUUUGAAAUCGACUUGAAAACUCCGUCUAUAAAAAUGUAACUGUAUAAUUGCUAUCUAAUUAUUUGUUUUUUGUUUUCAAAAUCUAAACGAAUUCAUUAGAAAAAAAAAAAUUCGAAUAAAUUAUUAGCAUUUAAAAAUUGUAUCCUUCUUUUUUUUUCUUUUUUUAUUUUUAUCGCCAAGUGUGUUUUAUAUUUUUAUUUAGAUAUAAUUUACGCUUUUCAACGUCUUUUAUCUUUAUCUAGAUACGUUUUUUUAAUUGUAUUUCCGCCGAACACUGGCCGUUCGAUAAAAAUACACACGCGUUCGCGAUGUUUUCCACAGUCGGUACAGACCGCGGAGCGCCGGACGAAAGCCGCGCACAUUGAAUAAAUUUGAUUAUUAUUGCGCUUGAACCGUGUACCGCCGUCGGUCGCGUUGCGGUCGGAUUAAAAAAAUAAUAAUAAUCCGGCGCGCUUUCACGGCGAGACUCCGGCAAUAGAUUUUAUCCGAUAUUCGGGCAUGGCCGUGGUACGCCGAGUUGUCCAUAACCUAACCUAUACCGCGGACGAUCCGGCCCGCCGCCGCGGAGAGAGGUGGACACAAACAAAUAGAGAGAGAGAGAGAGAGAGAGUGAGUGAGUGAGAGAGUCACGUCGCGGCAGCGGCGAUUUAAUAAUAAUAAUAAUAUAUCCGUCUGCAUAAUUAACCGUACGGUCCCCGCGCGCGCCCUCCCCUCGUACCCCGCCGCCACCCCCCCCCCCGAUCGCGCCCGUCCCACGGUAUUCCGGAAACCUACAUCCGGAUCUCGCGUACGUGUCCUUUGGCGCGCCCCCGCCCGGCUCCGCCGACCGCCGCGGUCACCGUAGCCGCCAAACGGGUUCAAGGAUGUGACCCCGAUACGGGUCGCGGCCACGUAAGUAUAAUAACAAAUACGUGUCGACCACGUGGGCGUGCCACAGUGACCGCCGACGGACGUCGGGAUCCUGUGCAACGCCCGUAGAAAGCAACCGGAAUCCUAUUAAUGGUGGCCGCGCGGCGUCCCACGAAAAUCGUUUCUCCAGAAAACUGGUACUUUCUAAACGACCGGCAGCGGCGGCGGCAGCCGGCGCCUCCGGGGAAAUUUCUCUCCGUACCGCUAUGAUGCAAUUAGUGACUUUUUCUAUUUUACUUUUAACGCCGCUCGUACGCCACUUAUACGCGUAUUUACAUUUUUUACCGGAGUUUUUAAUAGCUUCAAAACACUUUUUAUACAUAUUUUUUUUUUUUUUAAUAGCUACCUACCGGUUUUUAUCUAUUAGAUUAUAGCGACCUCGACGAAUAUAUUAAUAUAAUUGUCCGACGAAAUCGACCUUUAUUAUUUUUUUGUUCGUAAAAUCGGAUUUACGAUCGUCAAUUUUUUUUAUUUUAAUUUUUUUGUACCUACGUUAUAAAAUUUACGUUUACUAGUGCGCGUCAUAAACGUCGAAUAAUUUUAUUACCCGCGUAAAUCGAAAAGGAAAAAAAAAAACUAUAGCGCAGGACGAGACAUUAGACGGCGUUAAUACAACGAUAAUAAUAUAAUUAUUCCAAUUACUCAAUGGAGGGACGAAAUAUGUUAAUUUAUCGGAUAAUUGAAAAGGUAAAUUGAAUCAGUCGUUUCGAAAAUGCCAUUUCUCCAUACUUUUUCAAAACCGGUUUUAUGCGAUAGAUGUGUUUAACGAAUAAUAACGCAUACUUCCGAUAUCUCCGACAAUUCGUUAUGGUCUAAAUUUAAUGGGUGCGCUCGAAAAGGCCAUUAACUCCAAAAUAUUAUUAUCAGUAAUAUUAUUCGAUGACAUUGUAUGAUCAACUGGUUUAUUGUCCAGCAGUUGUUGACAACAGUAAAUUAUUAUCUGUUAUCAAAUUAAAAUGUAUAAUUUGAUCGUAAACCCAAUUUUCGCUAUCAUUUUCUUACUUUUAUUGUUAAUAAUUCUAAACGUUUUUAUACGCUUCCUGAACAUUUUCAUUUUACGGAGAAAUGGUCUUUUCGAAAUGACCAAUUCAAAUUAUGGUAUUAGAUAAAUCGGUUUAAAUAAACGAAUAUCCAAAUGAUAAAUUAAUUGAAAUUUAAAUCUGCUCGUUUUCUAUCAGUUAUUCAUUUAAAAUAUUUACGUAGAGGUAUAUUAAAACAUUUUAAAAUUAAUAACCGAUUCAUUGAAAUUAAUUAAAAUAUUCAUUAUAUUAUAAUCAAAAGAGUUCGGAUGUUGUAACCAGAGGGGUAUAACGGGAUUUUGCGCCCCUUUAUCGAAAACUCAACACUGAUGACGUCAUAUAAAAACAUAUUAUGCGUAUUUUUUUUUUUUUAUUUAAAGUACGAGUUGGUUCAAUGUAUAUCAGAAAUAUAUCCGGCUAUACAACUUGUGGCUUCAUAACACAUUAAACGAAUCAAAUAAACGACCUGAACGAAACCGUGUUUAUUGCUUAUAACUUGUCGUUUUUCUCCUUAAUUAUUAAUGAAACUAAAAGGAAUAUCACAAAAUGACCGCAUCGGUGCACCGACUGGACAAAAUUUGUUUUAUAGAAAAUAUACUACAGUCGAUGACCGGAGUGAUGAGAUUUCAAGUGGGAAAAUUCUGUACAGACGCGAAAAAAAAGCGCACAUAUUAUUAUAUAUACCAGAAUCUAAAAUCUAAAAUCCUAAAAAAAUUACCAAUAACAUUAUUCGUCAUAUCAUUAUUCAAUUCAAUAUCGGAAAUUAAUUGUUAUGAAUGGUACGCGUUACAGUCAGUUAAUAACGGCUAUUUGUUUGUUUUUGUUUUUAGACAUUGCAAGUAACUUUUAAUCAUUUUAAAUAUUUACGCCUACAACAUCCGAAAUCUAAACACUCUAUAAUAACACGUCGUCCAAUCUACUUUAUCGUGUACUAUUUUCCAAAGUGUUUUCCAUCAUCACAGCAACAAAUAUUCACAACCGUCCUGAGAAUGAUUGUUUGAACAUAUUGUUUUCUUUUCUUUCAAACAAUUAUUAUUUACGCUAUAACACAUGAUAACUAUGCGUACGGGAAUAUGUUCAUACGCGUAGGAAUAACAUCGUACACAGGAUGAGAAUCGUUUUUAUUUUUCUCAUAAUAUAAAAGAAAUAUAUACCUAUACUUAUUUGUAAUUUUUCUGCUCGUUCGACUUGAACGGCCGUUCGCCAGAAAUCAAAAAAAAAAAAAAAAAAACAUUCAACUACCACUACGAAAAUUGCAACGCAGUGGCGUAACGUUAUUAAAGUAGGUAAGUUUUUUUUUUCCCUACACUCGCCGAAUAUCCGACGUGAGGAUAAUAUUAUUUUGUUUCUAUUUUUAUAAAAAAAAAAAAAAUACAUAAAACAGUUUGUUUAUUGGCUGGCCGUGAAUAUAUACGUUAUACGUGCCUAUCCCACGAGUUUUUAUAUCACAGUAGACACCUAUUCCGUGAAAUAUUUCGAAAUAAUAACGACUUUGCGCGAAACGUACUUAAAUGUCAACCUACAGGGUGUCAUCGGACUACUCGACGAUCGUAGACAACGCGAGUUUUUUGCUCGUAUAUUAGUUUUCUUCUCUUCUUAUUCUUAUCGAUCUCGUCGGCCAAUUCGGACCAUACCGUUAUCAUAAUAUACUAUUGCCGUCCAUUACGUUACUCUAGUAUUUCCCUCCAUACACUCUUUUUGACUGUUUGGCCUCCACCAUCUUUUCAUCUCUCUAAACGCAGUUCUCGCAUCUUAGCAUUGGUCUUCGCAGAUGCCCAAUUCCGUCUAUGGUCUUCCUCGGUCGGCUUUUUUUUAAUCACCAACUCACGUUUUUGACCUGACAACGACCUUCUUUUCUAAUCUCUUUUACAUACUAUAUCUAGCCGUCGGAAUAGAAUUUUAAGUUCCUCGUGGUUUGUUCGUGUUAUACUUACUAGAUUAUACAUUUCUUUUUAUCGAUUUAAUUCAAAUUGUAUACUGGGUAACGAUAAAAUUAUAUAUCAUUAUACCGUACGGUAUAAUCGAAUCCGGAAACUCGCGGACAGGAAUAUUAAUACUGAAGGUAACAGAAAAAAAAAAAAACGAUUCACAGUUUCGUGACACGAAUGAUGUCACAAUCGGCGUAGCUCAACUCGAUACGCAUUGCACCAAAACGCACGUUAGUUUUAUAGGUACACACACGCAGAGCCGGGGAUCAUUAUCUCGUUUGGCCCGCAGCCCGAUGAAUUUGUCCAGGCAUUAUAAUAUUACAUCCAAGUGGGUUUCGAUCGUUCGAAAACAAAAACAUAAAAAAAAAAACCAUAGCGAUUUUCUUCGUCCUGCUCCGUAACGAUACUGUUCUUUUUGUUCGAAAUUCCUUUUCGAGUCUUAAACGACGAUUUGUCAACGCCAGGGGCGAGCGAAAAGAAAGAGAGUAAAAAAGGAUACAAGCCACUGUCUACCCUCUAUCCCCCCCCCCCUUACCCCGGGGAGCAAUUCUCGAGGUAUCCCAACGCCUAACCGUCUAAUCUGACCUGACCGUCACCGUCGUCGUUAGGCGUGGGCACUCGGAUUAUUAUUCCUCCGUCCGGCACGCCGGUACCCGAACGCGAAAUACAACGACGACGACACCGCGGGGCCGGUGUACACCGAAAACACGGGGUUGCUACUCGACCGGCGCCGGGCGACGCGUUCAUCGGCCCGGCGUAACAGACGGGUAGUGUUGCGCUAACGAGCCGGCCAUGAAUUAUUGAACAGCCGAGCGACCGAUUCGCGUACACGAUAUAAUUAUGAUUAUUACUAUUGUAUUUAAAACGCGAACGCCGUUUUAUUAUAUUACCUGUAUUAUGCGGCCGCCUGUUUGUAUUAUUUUUUAUUAUGCGGAACGUUCACGCCGCGGUCGCGUGUUCCGUCCGUCGCCGCCGUGUUCGCGCAGGAAUGCUGUUAUCGAAUAUUAAGGAGGCCAAACUAACUGGUCGCGCGCCGCCGUCUCCGGUCCGCGAGCGUACCACUUAUUAUCAUUAUCAUAUUGCUAUUAUUAUUAUUAUUAUUAUUAUUAUUAUUGGUUCGUGGCGGCCGUCCCAUUUCACGCGCACCUCGAAUACACGUUUUUAAUACACAUAUUAACAAGGCGCGUACACACCUCCGUAUACCUACAUCCAGGUCGAGCGGACGAAAAAUCUCGAUCCCUCGACAAGGCGUGUAAUGUUAUGCGCGCGCGCGCGCGUGUGUGUGUGUGUGCGUGUUCAUUUCGAAGAAAAAGACAAUAUCACAGUAUCAAUAAGAGACUCGUUAAAACAUAUUUUGCACGGAGUGUCGCAACUGCACAUGGAUGUAAAACACGGUUCACAAUCCGCAAAGGAAAUUCCAGAAGCCUUUCAGAUGUGGUUUUGGAGCCGAAUGGAAAGCAUAAAUCGAACGGAGGGAAUAAAUCAAACGAAGAGGCGAAAAGAACAGUAAAAGAAAGUGGAUUAGUACAUUAGUGGACGCGAUCAGAGCAAGGUGUAGGAAAAUGGUUGGACACCCAAAAUAGCUGCAUAAUAUAAUUAUAGUAGGUACCGAUAGAUGGUAAUAAAACUGCAAGACGUCCGCAGAAUUCCUAUGUAGGACAAAUGAAAAGAUAUGCAAGAGUCAGAACCUCUUAAAGUAAAACCGAGCAAUCGAUUGGAAUAGGAAAAUCAGAGUUGUAGAUCAACCUAUGGGUAGAUACAAAUAAUAAGAAAAUGUGAGUGUGCCCCGGACGCAUUUUCGAUUUUCCAAAUGCGAAUUUAGGUUAAAAGUGGAAAAAUGAACAUAAUUUCUGGUUUGUUGUAAAUUCGCGUAGUAAUAUGCAGUGAUGACAAAUUAAUUUUAUAUGUUUAAGGGUCGCGUUAAAUUGACCGUCUCGCUUUACCACAUACAUACGAAAUAAACGAGAAUUUUUAAGUCUGUCAGGAAUACAGGAAUACAUAAGAACUAGAGGAUGUAGCGGAGGGAAAAUUUAAAAGAAAGAAUAUAUUGAACAUGUUAGAAGAAAAACCGAUAAGAUAGUCAAACAUAAAAUAGUAUAAAUUUAAGCCGGGGACCGGUAAGCUGUAGAAAAAGCGGCUAGAAAUAUUGUAAGGAUGAUUUUGAGAGCAUGUGGUGUCAAUGAGGAAACGAUGAUCGAUAAAAGAAUGUGGAACGUGAGAGUGAGAAAAGGUCGUAAUCCGUUUAAAAUGUCGCUUUUAAAAUUAUAUUUUCCCCGCCGUUAUGUAUACCGACAAAAUGACCGUGGAAAGGCGUAUCUUCCGUAAACCUAUAUACUUUUGGGUUUCUCUCAGUGACACACAUAAUAAUUUCUAGAAUAGACAUGUGCAUGGACUGCAUUGGGCGCAUCGCAUCACGCGCGUUCUUCCGAUAUACCCGGUACAUAAUUAUUACUAUUACAAUAAUAAAUUUACGUGCCGAGUGUGAUCGUACGCUGGGUACAUUGACGAACCGCGUUACGAUAAUAUAAUGCAUUUCCUAAAACUUAUGAUUACAUUGCGUAUACGCCUCAGCCGGUAUAACCGUGGUCAUAGGUAAAGGAUGAUCGACUAAUACUUGAAAAAAGCGAACAUAUUUUUACAACAAUCAGCGUUCAGUCAUAUCAGUUGCCAAUAUUAAUUAAUGUUCAAUUUAGUUUCAUAAAAUUGUUGUCAAUACACCAUCGAAGUACUUUUUUUGCUCAUCAAAAAUCGACUUUAAAAAUAUUCUCACGCUGUCACGCUAAAUUAAAAUCACUUAGGGGCAAUUCACAUUUGGGCUUUUUCGAAAGUUUACCGUUUUAGCGUUAACUGGUCACAGAUAAGAAUGAUAAAAAACAAAAACUUAUUGUAUUCUACAGUAAGUUUCUAAUGAAAAAAAUUAUUUUCAAACGCAUAUUUUGAACAUAAGAAUAGACACUACACACAACUAUUUCCCAUUUAAACAAAAAACAAUCUUUAAUCUACACAAUGGUUGGAUUUUAAAUGUCAAAAUAUUCGGCAUUGAUUCUAAAAUAUGAAUUAUUUCCACUUUUCGAGCUUAAUUGUAUUAUCAAAAACAAUAGAGCGCUAAAAGAUAUAGUUAGGUAGAUAAAAGAUUUACAAAUCGCCAAACUCCGGGAUACUGUAGAUUAAAAUAAAUAUAAAAUAAUAAUUGUGAUAAUAUUUCGCAACGAAACAAACGACCGAUAGAGUAAUAGUUUGUUUAAGCAAUUUCUAAUUAAAACAUUCCGCAUAGUCACCGGAAUACCUAAAGGUCGCUGUAAUAGCUGUUAAAAUAUGUUACAGGGUGUACAAUAUGAAAUAUUAUUAUCAGUAACUGCCGUCUGGCCGGAGGUAUUUAUUGUGCGAACCCGUGGGGACAAAUUUAACCGCGAAACUUCCCGGGACGUUAUUAAUCUUUUCGACGCGUGACGGGUCGAAUUGUAAAACGACCAAGUGUAAAACCGACAUUCAGGUAUACUGGACUCGGACAAUGACAUUUGUGCAAAAGAAAAAAGAAUACCUACUAACUUACCGUUUAUACAGUCACUGCUCCACGUACAAUUUGUUGUUAAUUUUUUUUUUUUUAAAUAACUAUAUAAGUACCAAUACUUAUAUAAAAAAAAGAGCUAAUACUGAGGACGAGCGUGUAAUACUGUUAUAGGUGGGAAGUUAGGAAAAUAGGAUACACAAAGUUCUUUAGAUUAUAUCUGUAAGCAACGGAAAACAAUUGCUAACAAAAAACGAUUCUGAGUGAAGUUCGGUUAUACAUAUUUUGAAUGCCCGUAAAAUUUACGAUUUUCGUCAAAAUUUAAUAUUAACUCUUAUAAAAAAAACAACAUUACACUGAAUUUUAUUUUUAUUUACAAUGUAAUUACCUCCUGUAAAAUGUUCAAGCAUUUUUGUUUAGUCUGACAAUUUAAUUACUUUUAGUGCUUACACAAUAAAAAUUACAUAAACAACUCACAAAAUUAAAACGUUUAUAAAUAGUUCAAAAGUGACUCAAAUAUGUUGAAAAUUUAACCACGUCUAGAAAAGGCAAAUAUAAGUUUUUUGUCAAGUUGUCAAGUCUCAAUAUUUUAAACUGAAUUACAACAAAAAAAAAACAAAAUUGAAAACAAUAAAAGUGUUAUAUUCGUAAAUUUCCCCGUUAUUUUUACGUUUUGUUUUGAUGUUACUAAAUUAUUAAAAUAAACUACAAAGGAAAUCAAAAAACAACUUUCUUACUGACUAACUAACUAACUACUUACUUACUAACAUAAUAAUAAAAAAAAAAGGUUUCUUGUUAAUCUUCUAUUGAAACUAUAUUUCUGGUAGAAAACAUAAGCCGUACAUUUUUAAAAUAAAGGAAUCAUAACGCCGUAAAUCAAUCAGUUUUCCGGUCAUAAGGGUGAGAUUUCGAAAACAUUAUAAGUUAGAUCAUUAAAAACCAAAAAUCGAAUUUAUUCAAAAAUCUCGGUAAACACUAUAGUUGAUUCCUAAUAUAUAAAAAAAAAAUCUUUCUGUAUAACUUGCAAAGUAUAAACAGGAAAUUUAAAAACUUUUAAACAACAUUAGUUUUCUGAUGACAGCGUCCGUAACUAGUUGACUGUAUAAACCGCGAACACCUGUGGACCGUGAUUUUCCGGCCGGUGUACUUUUCCAUUGAAAGGAGUGUUGGUAUAUUGUCUCGCUGGAUCGGAACGAAACUUGUGUCCUGGUGAAUACUUUAUACGUACUAUACAGAGUGUAUCAUUCGAUAUUUUCUACUAUAUAUUUUGUUUUUGCAUAUUUGUGGAUUUUUGUCUUAUCUAAAUAUUAUGCAUUUUAAAACGCACAAAUAGUUAUGUUGAUCAUUAUAUUUUUUAAACGUUUAAGGUUAUUAUAAACUAGAAUAGGAUAAUAAUUAGAUAAUAUUAUUUGAUAUUUGCAUAUUAUACUUCCUACACGAUAUAAUAUAAUAUAUAACUGUAUAAUUUCUUGUACUCAGAAAGAUAUGAAAUUAAAAUUAAUAAUCCUUAGGUAUUUAAAAAUAAACGAUACUUAAAAAUUGUUUGUACAUAUUAUAUUUUUACGAAUAUGUAUCAUGUGCCGUUAUAAAUAAUAUUAGAACGAUGAUAAUUAUAAUAAAAAUGCAAAAACACAAUAACUGACUACGAAAAUAAGAGUAGUGCAUUAACCGUAACACUCUGUAUAUGAAAGUACGUCUUCCUGUGUUAAUAUUAAGAACAAUAGUAAUAAUAAUUUGAAAUGUAUAAAGGAAAAUGUGCACUUACAAAACGAUAUCACCACAGCGAAGCAGGUGCUCGUCAAUUCAUUCUACUCAGCGUACAUAAAUUAAAACAAAGAAGUAAUGUGCUUGGUUAAACUUCAUCGUUCUUCCAUACGAAAAACGGACAUAAACAGAAAAUACAAGAGUCUUCGAACAUAUAACUCCGAUGUCAUAGACGGAAAUUAUGGGAGACUCAGUUCCCCAACAAUAUUUCCAAGCUCCCCAUCCAAGCCGCGAAGGUUUUAGUUUUUUCGUAACGCUUCUUAAUUAACUUGUCAAACAUACAUAUUUCGCAAGAAUUUAUUUUUAUUAAUAUUUCACAAAAUUUUUUUUUGAUAGUGAUAAAUUGAUAACAAAUAUAGCUUUAUGUUGGUUUUAAAAAUUAAACAUACCUACAUAUUUGGUGUCACAGCUUAAAAAGGUAAGCAGUAAGUUACAACGUAAAAUAUUUAUAAUUUUGUUGACACCUCAAUGGUUAGGGUAAAAAUUGGUAAGAAAAUACCAAGCACUUCCCAUAGAUGUGACUAUAAAUAUCCACCAAUAUCCGGUGUUCCGUUUUAAAAUCUAAGUGAGGUUAAUAUUAGUUUCACUAUUGAUUUUCCAUCCGAUGUUAAAUACUUUGUUGUAAAACUAAAAAAUCACACCGAUAAAGCAAAAUAUUUUCCUUGUCUAUUUUAUUUAGAUUUAAAAAAAAAUUAUAAAAUCUGAUUGAGCUCUAAUCAGAACCGCUGUUUGUUAGAAUGAUUUAUAACGUUUCUUAGUAAUGGUAAUAACAGUAAUAUAAAUUAAAUUACACAUAUUGUAUCUAAUAUUCAUACUCCCUAAUCCCCCGCUAAAUCAGUAGCUUAUACAUGGUGCGAAUUUUGUCCGACUUUUUUUUAUACAUUUUACGUAAGUCUAUGCUUACAAUUUUGCAAUAUUAAACAUUUACAAUGGUUUUUUUUUCCAAUCCAAAAACAUAGUUGUCGAGCCCCAAACCAUCUGAGGGUUUUUUUUUUGGACAUACCUACGCAGCUAUGUAUAUUAUAGAAUUAGCUGUGGCAAAAAAACGGCCACGGCAGUGGUACAAAAUUACGAGAAGGUUCAAAAGUAUUAUAAAAUAAAACAAAAUGUGUUCUCUUAGGGGCCAUGUCCAACAACCCGGUGACCUUGCCACCAUCGUAUAUCGCCAAGUAUAACAGGUUUGUAGACAACCUCCUCGGCCGGAUCAACAAGAUAUUGAGGAAGAACUAUGACCCGGUCAAUGUGCGACUCCAGACGCCCACGCAGACAGCCGACAAUAAGAAGAAAGUGACCACUCAGAAACCCAAGACCAACAAGAAUAAAAUCGAGUCCCGAGAAGGGUAAAUAUAAUUAAAUCGUCCGAAAUAACUCUUAAUAUUAAAUUUUAACCGUCGUAAUACGCACUAUAUGGUGUUACAAUAGUAUAAUCGAAUAGCUGCCAGUAAUACUAUACAGUAUAAGGUACUUAUUGUUUUAACCUGCCAGACAUCGGACGUUAUUAGAAUGCAUGUACGUGUAUACUGUUAUUUGUUAUUGUACGUGUACACUCGCAUACCAUCAUUAACACAACCGUUAUUGGAUUAAAAAAAUGUUUGACACAUAGGUCUAUCCGGCAGUGGUUCUCAACUCAGGGAGAGGAAUCGAGGUUAUGUAAUAGUAUUGUAUAAUAUUAUGGUAGUGAUGAAAUUACGAAAAAUGCAUCUUAUAUUUUAUGAUAAUAUUAAUGUAAAUUGGGCAAUUGGGCCUCAAAAAAAAAAAAAAAAAAAUGUUUAUUUUUUUCGUAAACAUAUCCUUAAAAAGUGAACAAGAAAUGGAAAAAUGUUUCGUUUUUAAAGUAUCUGUUACGAAUUAAAAUAAAAAUUAUCUUUGUGUCAAAAUCCGGCCCAAGUAAUGUGUUAAUUACAUUAUUAGAUUCUGAGUACAAUGAAGGAGCUAUUAGUUAGACUAAAAUGUAAUGUUUUUUUUUGAAAACAUUGUUUAGAUCAGUAAAAAUUCUUCAAAUUAUUCGCAUCGAACUGUAAAAUAAAUGGAUUUUUUGUCCGGUGGUAUUUUAUUUGAAACAAAUAUUUAUUAAAUUCCAAUAAUUUUUCUAAGAAAAUUAAAAAAUUGACAUACAUACAACAACGAUACAUCGGUCACAUUUGUAUUGAUUUCUGAGUUACUCGAGUUACAAUGAAGGUAACCAUAAAACUAAAAUUACUAAAACGCUAACACUACUUUGCACAGAAUAAUGUUUGAUUGCAUUGAUUUAUCGUUGCUUUCGGUACAAAUUAAAUACCCUACAAUCUUACCCUUUAAAGUUCUCACCCACCACAAUGGCCCAAACUCAUAAAGCGAAUUACGUCCAACUUUUUUUUAAAUUUAAAUUAUUUAUUACGAGUGUAUUUAUUUAUUUAUUUAUAUUCUAAUACGCGUACUUUAUUUCCGUAUAAAAUUCGUUUAAAUAUUCAAAACGUAUAAAUCUAAAAUAUAACGCCACUUCCACGCUAAUGAAAAUUCCUUUUGACUUCACAUAAUAAUAUUAUAAUAUAAUUACCGUCUUCGUCUUUGAUUUCGCACAAAUAUUACAUUCUGUAAUGGUAAUGCUAUCGUCAUAAAUAUUACGUAAACAACUAUAAUUUCUUCUCCGUAUCUAUCUUUGUUCAAACACGGUUAAAAUACCGUACUAUCGAAUAUCAAUAUCGAUCGGGAAUACGAGAACUCGUCAAUUAACAUUCCCGAAGACAACGAGUACAUGAAGAUAUUGUUCUGUCAUACCUGAACAAUAAUAGAAUGUAUAGUUAAGUAUUUUAAACCGUUUUAAUAGUUUAAUAUGAAAAGGAUACUUAAUAGUAAUCAAUUGAAUAAUUACACGGGAAAAACGUAAAAUGUAUCAACACAACGUGAUAAAAAUGUAAGAACAACGGACAAAAGCGAUAUAGUUAAUCGUCAUUUUUUUUUUUAUUUAAACAAGUGUGAAAGAAAUUAUCGAACAACAAUAUAUUUAUUUGCAUUACCUUAUAGUAUAUCUCCUGGUAUUUUUGAGUUCUGAAACUUACAAAUGUCAACAUUGAAAAUUUUGACUGUUGAAAUAUUGACUAUUAUUGUUUAAUUGGAGGUAUAAACACACUAUCGAAUAGUGUAAAAAACAAAGAGAAUUUUCGAAUUUUCCCCGAAAAUAGAAACAAUGUAUCACAUUGUUUCUACUAGGCGCUCCUUUUGGACACUUUUAACGGCUACCUUUGGACCAAAUCAUAAUCUCAAACUCGGAAAUUAGAAUUGAUUUGCUUAUAGUCGGAUUGGAAUGAUAAAAAUUGGGUUGAAUUUGACCAUGCUGUUGCGGGAAAACUGUGUUUUUCAGCUUUGAACACCCGGAAUCCACGCUUCCCCGAAACGAUAUCAGAGAAAUUGCAUGUUUUUAUAUAUAUGGCGUUUUGGAGAUUUCGACUAUCAAUCCCCACCUUUUACCGUUUUUAUAUUCAAAUUUCACAAUUAUUUGAAAGUAGCUUAAUAUUGUUGUAAGUAUAGUACAUAGUAAUAUAGUACUGUGUUCUAAUAUGUGUAAAUUCGGUUUCCAUUGUUGUUUUCCGUGAAAAUGACUAUAAUUCAAAAUAUAUGGGGGAAAUUUGACUAGUGGCGGAACUUCACUACUCACUGAUAUUUGUAUUAUGACGUUAACAGUGUUCCGUAUACCUAUACCACUACCUAUUAAAUAUUAUAUAUAUAUAUAUAUAUAUAUAUAUAUAUAUAUAUAUAUAUUAUAUUACUGCAAUAUUGCCUUUUUCGACAGAAUAAUUUCCGGAAAAAACCCAAAGUUCUUACGAGAGAGAGUUUAUUACAUUUUUUCAGUGCGCAAUAGUAUCGUUGCAACAUUAUAAAAAGUUCGUUCGCAAUAAUAUUAUUUUCGUCAACACAAAAACAAUAUCAAAGUCAGCAGACCCGUGAAGCACCCGAUAAUUCAAGCGGAACUUUUUGUUUAACCGAAACGGAGAUACAAUAUUUUUGAUCUUGUUUGGCAAAGUUUUUAUGAUAGGUCCGUAUUCCCCCCCUUUGAAAAGACAAAACAAAAAAAAAAAUAGAUAAAAAGCCACAAAAUAUUAUACUGUAUAUAAGUUAGUAGACAGUUAGUUAGUAGGCACUCGUUUAAUAUGUAAUAAUAUGUUACAUUCGAUUACCAGUCUAUUCGAAAAGAAGAAUUGAAAUACCCUUAUUAGAUGUACAGUACUUAAUACUUAUUAAAUACAGUGGGAAUCUUUUAUUACGAACCUGCAAUUAUCUAUGGAGAUUUUGAUUUUCGUCAUACAUUAUAAUAUACUCGUAAUAUCGUUUAACGAUCAAAAUUCAAAGCUGUAUAGUUCAAUUGUAUAUUAAAAACGUCAAAAAGUCCAACCCGUGAUUAGUUUUAAACUCCGUUUCGAAAACCGAAUACUUUUCUAAGAAUGUCAAUAGACGCCAUAACCGAAUUUUUAGAGAACUAUUCUCUUUUAGAAUGUGAGAUUCAAAAUGUUGGUUAUUAUUUAAAAAUCAAAAAUUGAUUUAUAAGUUUAUGAUUAGGGUGAAAUUUUCGAAAACACUGUAAAUGAUUAUUAAAUGUUUUUAUGAUCAUUUAUGGAACAAAAUCAAUGACAAUUUAGUCAAAAUUUUUAUUGAUAGUCUUUAAAUCUUAGAUAAAUCUUUAUGGAAGUCGCUGGUUCAUGAUGAAGUAAUUAUUGCAGCCCUGUAUUUUUUAUGUACCGUGUUAAUAAAUAUCCAUACACCAAGAAGUUAAAACUAGUUUAAAUAAUUUUAGUUUCUCAUUUGAAAACAUAAAUAUGGCAUACGUUGUUCGAAAACCUAUACCAUUUCUGUUCUUAGAUACUGACUCCAAAAAAUAAAAAAGUUCGUUUAUCUUUAAUUUUCAAUAUAGUUUCUAUAUUAUCUUACCAUCAUUGAUGAUGUAACUUUUGUGGUUAUUCUUGCGGUUUAUGUUAGUUGAACUCAAGGUUUAUGGAUUAUAUAGGUUAUAUAUUAUAUUAUAAUCUAAAAACAUUGGGUUAAACUUUAACCAUAAAACUAUUUUUUUAUAACAAUUCAACUUGUUAACCAGUGUCCAGUUGUAGUGUGUAAAAGUGUCCCAUUGUCAUUUGUAAUAUGUUUUUAAACAUUACUCAGUGGGCUACACUGGGCUUUGAAACGCGGACGGAUCAUGAUUAACAUGAUUAAAUAUUCAAAACGACAAAUUCAGUAUAACACUGAUAACGAAAUUACAGAGAUUAUUAUCUCAUGCGAAUUGGAACCAAUCGGAGAACAGGAUUGGCAUAGGGUUUCUUAAAGAUGUGGGUACAUUAUGUUUAUAAAUGUCCUAACCCAUCCAACUAGGCAUAUUAUUAUCAAAACAUUCAAACCACAUUAGGUAUUUUAUAAUAUUACCAAAGGUAUUGAAUAUAUAAAUACGGCAUACCAUUAAAUUAUGGUUCCUCUAGGGAAUCCUCUCUCCGUUUCUGUUUUCUCUGUGUGUCAACAGUUAUAGUUAUUUACGGCAUUGCUGCCUACUCUACUUUGCUGACGACUUUACGCUUUAUGCGCGUGUCUAUUUGAUUAAUGACUGCUUAAAAUUACAGAACGACUUCAUAAGGUUUUUGAUUGGUUUGGAAAAUUAGGACAGUCUCUUAAUCUCUCCAAAUGAAAACUAAUAUCUUUUUUUAGACUUCGCUCAAUUGUCUACUUUUAUAUCAACUUGAUGAAACUUAUAUUAUACAUGUUUUUGAUGGCGUUAUGGAUCUUGGUUUUAUAUUCAAUAGUAAACUCGAUUCUGGAUCUCAUAUUGAGUGUAUAUGUUGCAAAGCUCUUAAAACUCUUAGUUUCAUUAUGAGAUUGGCAUGCGAUUUCCAAUUAGGACUAUGGGUUAAGUCUCUUUUUUCUACUAUUAUGCGUUUUUUUAACAAUUUGAGUAAUGCAUUUGUAAAAUGUAUAAUUCAUCAAUUAUUGUUACUCGUGAACUUGCUAGAUUUUAUUAAGGUCUUUUGCGCGUUUAUUUAUUUAAAAAAAACAUAAUAAAAUAUCUAUGAAUAUUACACAAGACAACUACGGUACCAGAUCGUGAGCUUCGAAUUUUUCAACCUUAGAUUUGGGGCCUUACGUUCGAAAAAAUAUUUGAACUAUAAUAAUACAAUAUAACAUGGAAAUAUUAAAAUGUUCGUCCGAGGCAGUGAUAGCGACUUUGUCUGACGAAUUAUUUACGUAUACUUAACAUUAAACAUGUUGCUGUAAAUUAGAGAUUUUAAAUAGGUAUCUAUUAUACAUGUAAAUACAGAAUAAAACACCCGCGACUGUUUUUCAAUGACCUACAACGUCAACUUGGGCAACCUAGGUGAUAAAACGCCCCGAUUCCCUUUCAACGCGUAAAGGUGAUAAAACCGCACUGUUUCGAUUUUUGUACGGUAUCGAACUCGCGCUAUCCCAACUAAUAACCUAACAUACUAAACGGUGCAAUAGUAAUAAUCGUUGUACGGUUUGUUCGAAGCGACCGGCAGGCGGAUCUGUCCGAGCGGGCGAAGAACGGCACCGUUCCGGCCGUGGCCGGUGCGGCCAACAACGGCACCGCGGUGACCAGAGGACAGCGCAAGCACCACAAACACGGCAGAAAAUCGCGGGCGCAGAACAACAAAAACAAAGCGGGGACCAACAACAAGGGCAAGGUAAGCGUCGGGAGGGACGGUAAACUCCUACGGAAUUAGGUAAUCUCCUACAUUGACAUAGUGUUAACUCCUACAAAUGACGGUGUUUACUCCUACACUAGACGGUUGUAAAGUUGUAAAAAGUGAAAUCAGGUAUUUUAAAAUAAAUAAAAAUUAGUCAUAAACUACAAAAAUAAGAGGUACAUGUACAAAUAAGUGGUGAAUAAGAGGUACAUCGAGUUUACGGAAAUAUACGUUAUCGAAAUGUUCGAGAAUUUCCAAUACGAUGUUUACUAAACUGUAUUUUUCAUUUUACUAUCUCACGUUGAUAAAUCUCUACGGAUAUUUAUCCAAAAUGCAACAAAAAAGGUCUCGUAUCAUUUUUCCACUGGAGAAACUAUUUCUGGUUUAAAACGUCGCGGUGUGUUCAUUUAAAAUAAUGAAAUCGCACGUUUUUUCCCCCGGCUACAGUGCAAUUGUUAUUUUGUGCGAUUGUUAUCCUCGUUACACUAAGAAUCGAAAAUUUAAAAAGACCUGCGUAGGAGAUUACGCCGUCUGUUGUGGCAUGUAAAAUGGGACUGUGUAGGAGUUACCGCUGUGUUUUAAUUAAGGGGUAAAAAAAAAAAAAGUCAUUUUCGUAGGUGUUUACACGGAUGUUACCAACGUACAUAUGCAGUUUACAUUGUACCGCGGGUUACCGGUGUAGCCGCCCCACGGUGCGAAUUUAUCUUCGGAUUUUUAUUAUUCGCCGCGAUCGUUGCCGGACGACGCGCGUGUGGGUGUGUGACGGUAGCUUUGCGCGCGCGCCCAUUCGUCUGCGAGAAGAAAAAACACACGCGCACGCACGACUCGUUCGCGCGCGAAUUCGCAAACAAUAGAAAUACCCACUCGGAGUGAUUUGCGCGUAUAAUUUAUGUUACAGAGUGUACUUAACCUGUAAACGGUGUGCACUCAUACCGUUUGCGUGUGCACGAAACAAACAAAUAAAACGCGGGAAUUCGUGAAAGACCGUUUAAUUCCCUUCGCCAUUUUUUUUUUUUUUUUUUUCUGCGAUUUACCGUAAUUAUUAUGGCCUAGGACUUUCUGUUUGUCCGUAAUACAGCGGCUUGAUAUUUUACAGAAAAAAAAUAAAUAAAUAAUAAUAAUAAUGAUAAAAACAAUUGUGUUCACAAUCCGCAUUGUGAUAAUACCGAUAUACUGAGCAUACGCAUAAUUAUUCAAUUUUUGUUUUUUUUUUUCUUUUUUUGUCUAGAUUUAUAAUCGGUAUAAAGUUGUUUUCCGAAAGUAAAUAACGAUUGGGCCGUUGUAAUAAAAACGGUUGCCUACGAACGAUUUUUUUUUUCCAAUUUAUUCCGCGAAUUUAUUUUGAUUUCGGCCCCGUACUGCACCCCGUAUCAGCGCGUGCAAAAGCGUUCGGCUCUUUUGGGCCGGCCGUGCCUGACCACUGCGCCGGUCGGCGCACGUAAAUCGGGCCGAGUACGCCGCGUACGCCGGAAACGGAUCCCGGCGUUCGCGGUUUUCGCGCGAAAUCCUGUGCACGUGACAACGUGUUGUGUCGUUUCAGCCGGCCGCCGCCAAGCCGAACAGCCCGCCCAGGGCCAGGGCCACCAUGUACGGGCUUAGCACGCUGCGCCGGGACGGAGACGUCGGCGUGAACGUGAUGAACAGCCACACGACGGUCAAGACCAAGUUUUUCGUCGGCCCGCUCACGCUCAAGGUCGAAAAAGAGGUAAAUCCGACUUAGUGCCGAGCGAUCAAUGAACGAAUGCACACGUCACUAAAAUUUACUUUUUCUCCCUUUUCGACUCUGUCCGAAAGGGGUUUCGCUCCCUCCCCCGCAUCUAUUAUCACCGCUUUACGCGCGCUCUGAUUUUUCCGUACAACGUCUCGCCAACGUCUGCACAAAGACUUGUGUCCAAACCACGGGUGGAAAACGUUUUCAAUAUUUUCGUUUUCGUUGUUACGAGCAUUACGUGUUUGAUAAAAGUCUUUAAAAACGUUUUCGUUAUUUUUCUCUGGAGUUUAUGAUAAAAAUAUUGAAUAUGGAAUAAAUAUUUUAAUUAUUACAUUAUAAUUUUUUUAAAAUGUAUAAUUUUAUAAUAUUAAUCAUUUCAUAAUAUAUAAAUUACAUAAUACAUUUUGUAAACAUUAACAGUUUGUUGGGUUUAUAACAUAAUAGCCAAUAAGUUACUUAUGAACAACAUGCGGAGUUUGGGUAACUAAAACUAUAGAAUACUAUAUGCAUUGCCGAAACCGAUAAACAAUAAACACACAGCUUUCUUUUCGUUAAUUAUCGACAAUAACAAUUGGUUAUCACUUAUCAGUUAUCAGGAUUAGGUACCUACCACUUUUGCUAUAAUAGAAUUAUUAUUAUCAAAGAGCAAUAAAACUGUUUUAUUUUUCAGUUGUUUGUGUUAUAGUAUAAUAUUAAUUUCCGGUUUGUUUUUGUAUUUAUAAUUUUUCGUUUUCGUCGUUGAUUUCGUUCGUUUAACAACGUUGUUAAAAACAUUUCUAUCCCUGAUCUAAUCUCAACUCGCCGUUAUUUUAUCUCGUCGUUUCUACAUCUCUCAAUAUGUCCCCAUACACAGGUACACAAUCUAUUCUUUCUCAUUAUCGCCAUUAUGUACCCUCCACUUUUACAGGGCAGCCCGGAUAACAAAAAAAAAAAAAAAAAAAUAAAAAAAUUACAAUAAGCGAAAACGGCGGAAAAUUAUAAAAACUAUUGACUGUUAUCUGCGGAACACCCGGACGAACUUCGUUCUAUCAACCCACGGAAAUCGGUAAUAACUACGGUAUGGUACGCAAUACGAUACCUUACACGGUGUACGGUACGAAUAACAUUAUUAUCGUAAGAGGAUUUGCCGUUUUACGCGCGCAGUUCUCUCUAUUAUCUAUCUUCCGCGUUUUAUUCUUUUGUACUGUUAUUACUGAUUAUUAUUAUACUGGUCCGGUUCACACGCCUGUUGUAGACGGUCUUUUGUUACGACGGCUUUUCGCGAAUGGGUAGUCGUAUUGCGAGUUUUCACCGUUUUACCGGCCGGACCGUGCUCCCUUCCGUAUUCCGAUUUUACACGCACACUUUAUUUAUACGGUUUUUUUUAGAAUGUUCUUUUAUCGUGUCUCGUAAAAAAUAAUAAUACAGGUACUUAUAGUUUUGUUGAAAAACGAAUAAAAUAUUUUUGUGGACACGCCGUCAAAAGAUUUCGCCGCCGUCGUAUUUUCAAACUUUCAUUACCGAUAACAUUAUAUUUGUUUAGUAUUCUAUACACGGCGUGAUAUCCAUUAAUAUUGUGUGCCUGUAAGGUAUAAAAAUUGCUGAAAAACGUUGUGGAAUAUGCGUAAUUUAACUAUCUCUUUAACUAUUUUUUUUUUCACUCGAAAAAUGUGUUAUCCCGUGAAAUUAAACAACGCGAUUUAUAACGUUGCUUCUAAAAAUUAUAAAAGACACUUUUUAAUUUAUAAAAUAUAAUUAUUGUCAAAGUGGAUAGGUACGUCAACCCAUAUUUUAAAGCGGUAUAGAUAGAUUUUUUAAUAUUCACUGGUCAAAUGGUUCAAUUCAAUAAAUCAGCCUUGUGCCAUGGUAACCCAAAAAUCAACAACAACAAAAAAAGGACCAAGAGCCUAGGGCAGGGGUUGGGAACCUUCGGCUUUUUCGAAAACAUAUCAAAAUUUAAGACGUAAUGAAAUUGCUUAAUAAAAUAUAUUUAUCGUUUUUUUGUACUAUGGUAUGAUUUUUUUAUCUUAGCAACUGCGACUCUUUAAAAAUUAUGAUUUAAAAAAUUGCUCAUUUACACGAAAAGGUUCCCAACCCUUGGCCUAGGGGGGUACUUCUGAAAAUGUUGAUAGUACGAUAGUUCAAGUAAAGUACCAACGGUAAGAAAUUUCGCAUCUUUUGAGAUAGGUUCUGCAUGAAAAAAUUUGAGUAAUUUUCUAAGAACAUUUUAGAAAUUUCGAAAAAUAUUUCACUUAAAACACCGUUAGCAUCGUUUAAAGUAUAGCACAAACAAAUCUGAGCACUUUUUACUAACCAUAAAAGUGGUUUUCUUUAAACUAAGCAAAAAACGCAUCUUUUUAAAAUCCUUUUCUAGGGCAGAGCUUUUAAACUUUUUUUUUUUAUAAAAAAUAUCAUUAUUGGACAAAUACAAUAAUAUAAUAAUGUGGGAUAGUGUAAUAUCGUAAAAAAAAGAAAAGUAUUUUUCCAAUGGAGGAGUAAGUGGCAUAAAUUGAUAUUGUGUAAAAGUAAACCGUCAUGAUUAAUUAUCGGUACCUAUUAAGGGCGAUUUAGUUUUUAAUAGGGGACAAAUAUCAUAAUAACCUAUUGCUCGCAGCCUCGAUUUCGUCGCAAUAUUAUGGUCGUUUCUUUCUUUCAGUUCGGAAAACAUAUCGUUGUCUGCUAUACUGGCAAUAAGCGACAGUGUUUUUAUAGGUCGUGCAUAUCGCAGUUUUUGCAAAAGCCAAGUAUCAUAAAAACACUCGAUUAUAACACAAUUAUUUAUUAUAAGUUUCGAAUAUCGCUAAACGGGUGGGUACUUACUCGAGAAAACAUUAUUAGGGAGGAACAAAUGGACAAAUCUUGAGAAAUUUUCCGUGGCUUCACACGACUUCGGUACGAUAAAUUACGAGCGCCGGAUCUGAUCCUAUUGGGAUCGUAAAUCUAAACGCCUCGGCUCGCCUCGGGUGGCGAUGAAGUGCGCGUUUUCGUUAAGAGUCCAUUUCGAGUCAGUGUUAGUGCGCUUAUGAAGACAUAUAAAAUAUAGCAUAUUAAACUAAAUACUAAUACACACGAAAUAUGCUGACGAAAGGUAUGAAAAAAAAGGUUCGGUUUUUGUUUCCGCCAAAUCAUUUUCGUUUAAACCGAAUUAUAUAGUUUCAAAACCAUUUUGAUUUAUCUAAGGGCGAACCCGUGAAAGCACAGGUUCACGUUGACCACAAACAAUUUUUCUUUUCUGUAUUUACGUAUUUCAUUCCGUCAAAUACGUAGAUGUUCUGUAUUAAUUUUCAGUUGUAUAGGUAACGAUUAUGAUUCACAAUAUUAAAAUUUAAAACUGUUGCGUACACAAAACAUUGAACCGUAAAUGGUGUUCGAUUCGUACGAAAAACUUAAUUCGAGUUGUAAGAGAAUAUGAUUAAUAAUUGUAUCUGUAUAUUCAUCACAUAAUUAUGUGACAAGGGGUUCUCGUGACGAUUUAUUCGCGGAGUUUCGUUCGAAAAAGGGUUAAUGUGCAUGCAUAACAAUAUGACAAAGUCACACGAAACUAAACAAUAUUAAUUCAUAACACUUUAAAUAAUUAUUUGUCUUAUUAUAUGUUUAAACGUACCUACUGUCACGUAGGUAAUACGGUUUAUGUGAAAAUGGCCUUUUGUCGCGUCAUAUUUGUUCAUAUAAAACUACCUAUACUGAAAUACCGAUCGCAAUGUUAUACGAUGAAAGGUUAGGUUAGGUAUCCAAGUCUGUGGUGUAUAGCCGGUACAUAUUAUGGGCAAAAUAAUUUUUGUUUCUCGUAAAAAAAAAAUAAAUUGUCAACGGUCCAUAUGUCCCCACUUCCUUUUCGAUCCUUCGUUCCUGUGUGUGUCGUAUGAUGUUCUGCCUGUAAUUUUGUAAGGCGCCAACACACGUUAUGCUAAUUCUGCAAUAUUUAUUUUUCCGGUCGCAGUUCGGACGGGGUGCCAAAAAGGAGCUGAGAUCGGCGACCGCCACCACCGGAGAGCUGAUCGGCCGUCUCAACUUGCGAGUGCUGACCGGCGGCGCGGCCACGCUGCACUCGAUCCGCGUGCACCAGCCGAAACAAGUACACGACAAUGUUUUCCAACAAAACACAAUAUUAUUGUUAUUACUAUCGUUAACAUCGUAUCGUCGAGAUACCCGCACGUGUUACGCCGUCUUACCGAACGCGCGACAACAAAUUCGCGUUCGGCGGAGACAACAUUUGCGCUGUUAGUUUCAAUAACACGUGCGUUGCGGCGAAUCGAACAUUACAAUCCGUGCGACGUCGGCGCUGUUUUCACGUCACAGUUUCAAUAACGUUCGCGCGUUACUUGAAAAACGGAAACGCCGAGAAAAAAAAAAGCAAAAACCCGGCGCCGAAGUCGCGCGGGUGACCGUUGAACGUGACGGAUAAGUCGGUUCGCUGCGACGUGCGCCGGUGCCGGCCGUAUCCGCCAAACAGUCUCGGCCGCCGGACGGACCGUUCGCCGAGUCGUACGCGUUUGUUUGGCGGAUACGGCCGGGUAUCGCGCGUCCUCUUGUUUACCCGCGUAGUAAUUGGCGGACGCUAACAAUCGCUUUUCGAGAGGCCGGAGGGGGGGGGGGCCCGGAACUGUACGCUCGACGGGUCGCGCGCCCUGGAAAUAACGCCGUACCGAUGUUGUUGCGCUUACCACACCGGACGACGGCGAGGGUCGCGCGAUUGCAAAGCCGGCCGUACAACAUCGGUGCGUGCAUCUCGCCGCGGCGUACGCACACGUACGCGUAUGCGUACUGCGACGCGCUCCCCGGCAUCGCGUCGGACGAUGUACCGCCGUCGUCCGCGAUUGGCGGGCACACCGAAACGAAAUUAUUCCCGUGCCCGUUAACGGGCGCGCGGGCGCGGUCGUCGAAAACCGGCCGACCGUUGUGUAGAGGCGAACGUUUCGCGCGCCGCACGUCCCGCCCGCAGUUGUCGCCGGCACGCGAAUUCCGCCGGAACGGACGGGUCGCGACGCAAGCCCCGAACGUGUACAAUAACAGUAACAACAACGUUGGGCAUUUUGCGUAAAGCGCGCGGCCGCGUAUUUCCCGGCGACCCGUCCCGCGGGAGCCCGAGCGGACCGCAGACGCUCCUCGCCACCGGGACCACGCGCGCAGUAAUACUACGACAAUAACCGUUGUCAUUGUAAUCGUUAUGGGUUCCGGCGCGCGCGUACCUCACGGUAUUAUUGCGGUGCGGACAGCGCGGUCCCCCGCGUUAUUAUUAUUAUUCUUUUGCCGGUGUGCCGCGUGCACAAAAGAACGGCCCGGGAACGGUCGGCGUACGAGAAAAAACGCGCCCGCAGGGAGGGACCUCCUCUCUUAUUUGUUUUCCUUUUUUUUUUUUUUUUUUUACCCACCAACAAACGGCACGCGGUUCGCGAGAAAAUAACGAACGACGGCGGCGGCGGUGCCGAACGACAUUUACGUUUUUGUAUGUUUUGCGUUUCGCACCGCGGUAGACGUGCCGUCCGUGUCCGCGCGCGUUCGUUUCGUACGUUUACCGUUAUUCGCGAUGCUGUGACACGACGGUCGCGCCCGGAACAGUGCAGGAGAGUCCUCGACGCGGCGGCGGCGCGGGGGAUCGACGAUGAACUUUUUUUUCCUAACGGUCCGAAAAAUAUAUAUAUAUAAAAAAAAAAAAAACCAAUCGUCAUCGCGUAAUAUCAUUACGCCGGGUAAAUACCGUGCAAAACUGUGUUCCGUACACGGUCAUCAAUAUUAUCGUAGACGGGCGCUGUGACGAUAACCGUCCGAUGAACAACGUGAAAUACGAUUUCUAAUGUUAUUGGUCGGUACGUUAUUAUACGGGCGCGUCUGUUUUAUAAAAUUCCGUGCGUAAAAAAAAAAAAAAAAACAGAUACCUUCGCUGUGCCGUAUUCCCGAGUGUGCAAAUAAUUGACCAUCAUUAUUUAUUAAGGGACAAACGCGGCCCGAACACUUGUACCGUUUAGUCUAUCGACGUAAAUCGGUCGUUCGAGAAACGACAUAAGUCAUAAUUAUUACCGAAUUUGCGGAGAACAGGAACGAAAAACGUAAUGUUUCCUUUACAACACCCCAAACCGAAAUUAUAGUAACUUAUUUCUCUGCGGGACGCGCAUCUUAAUCCACCGUAAUCUCAUUUUGUCAAGAAUAGUGACUUAUGUUGUUUUCCGAACGACCUACUCGUGCAAUAAAACCCGUGAAAAUAUCUACAGCGACUAAAAUGGACGGCCAUCGUUUAUGCCGAAAAACUUGAUUUUCGUUUCCGCCGAAAUGGACUUUGUUUGAUUUUCGUUCCUGCCAAAUCUAUUUUUACCUAUAUAAUUAUUGUUUGAGAACCCAUAAUUAUAAUAAUGAUAAAUCUAUAACCAAAGCGGAUGUCGAACCCCGGGAAAUGAUUUUGAUUUCCACACAAACUACAAUUACACUCGUAAUAGUUUUCUUUAUUUACUUUACUUGUGCAAUAUUAAAUACGUGCCUAUUUGUUAAUACUUCAAAUGCACUCGAAGAAUAUAUACAAAAAAAAAACUAUUUCUAAAAUAAAUAAAUUUUUUUUAAAAAGUUUGCAACAAUAUUGUUCUAAAGAAUUAUUAAAAGUGUAUUAAUUUGCGUGUGUGAUUUAUGGAAUUGUUAGGGUCUUAGGGAAUUUAACUCUAAGAGCCGUGAUAAUAAUAAUAAGAACCACCACUCUGCGAUGGACCCAGGGUAGCUCUGAAUGGUUCCCAAACUACAAUUUAGGCGUGUAAAAAAAGAUUUGGCGGAAACGAUUAAUACGUGUUUUCGUACAUUGAAACGAUUAGAUUUAGCCGUACAGAGCGCACGGAAACUUGACGCCGGUCGGGCCAAGUGUUCACUAGACCUUUUCGACCGGUCCCGGAGAAACGAGUCUGAUUAGGUUGCUUUGUACAUACUAUCGCAAAAAUUUAAACCAAAGACAUUUGCCGAACGUUAAUGCUUGAACGGUUUUAGCUUCAGGUCGACAGCCAGGACGAUCACGACAAGACUAGGGAGUACAUGUGGAGACGGUCCAACAUGAUCGCGCACCUCGUGUCACAGAAGUUGACGUACGCCACCAAGUCCAUGCUGCAACCGGUACCGAAAAAGAAGACGACCACCGCAAAACCAUAACAGGUCUGUGCGUUGUACUAUCCAUACCACAGCCAUACAUAUCUGUCAUGUCUAAUAAAAUAGCUUAAACGGACAAAAAACCGCGAGUAGAAUUUUCCGCUACGGCCAAUAUUCGUUAAACAACGAUAAACAACCAUACACACCAUUGGCAGUCUCAAUUUUACAAUAUAAAGCGCGGAAAUUAAAAAGGUAUUACGCGAAAUAAUGAUGACUGAUCAAUUGCCUAUAGUUUCAAAACUCCACACUAAUGCCGCAGACGACGAGUCAGUAUACACGUGCCAACAAACAUUGUUUGUUGAAUUUCGUGUUUUUGAAAACUAAUCCGCGUAUAAUAUUGUCAUAAUAGCAUACCAUAUAUAAAUACACUGUUUCUGCUAACUCUUCCGUAGACCACAGUCCGUGUUUAUGAUUCGCCUGUAUCAGCGUUUAUAACAAUUAAAAUAUUAUAAUCGAUCGCAAAACGUUCCAAUAAUAUACGUACCUACGACUGCGAUGGCUAAAGGACAAUUGGAUGAACGGCCGCCAUCGAUACACUCGAUAAACACUUGAAAUAAUAUAAAGUGUGUAAUCCUUGCAGUUUUAUGAGAAGGCUUACACCCGCGUUUACUGCCACGGUCUAACUAACGACCAACAUAGCAAAACAAACACAAAUUAUGGCGUUUAGGUUGAAAUUACAGUUAGUUUAAAGACAAAUAACAACAUUUACAGGGGAGAAUAUUUCAUCGAGCUUUUUUUCUGAAUAAUCGUCAUACAAAAAUGUAAACACGCUAAAGUUAUAGCCAUGUAACUUUGUAGUUUGUUGCAAGUCAAUUUGUAUUUUUUUUUAAAAAAACUAUAUAAAUCCCUCGAAAAUAUUAUAUUAAAAUUUAUAUUUUAAUCUUGUUAUUUGUGUUUAAACUCAAUUUUAAUCUAAACGUCACAAUUUAUGUUCUAAGUAACGUAAUUUGCCCACAUUGUCUGGCAGAUGGACGGAUAGAGAGACUGAUACAGUAAAUGUGGGUACGGCCUUCUUUUAAUAAAAACAUAUUUAAGGAUAUGAUAUAAAUUUGUAUUUUUAUCAUUUUUCACCCAUAUUCGUCGUUAGUCUUUGUACCCCUCUAUUCUACGUAUCGUUGAUACCCGUAUAUGCAAAACGUCCAUUGUGUAGGGGUUGGGGGUUCGUAAUGUACUAUAGCAAUAUGUACUUUGUUGGUUUUUAUGUGACAUUUUGGGUACGCCGACAUUAAAGAUAACAAAACAUAAAAAACCGUUGGGUCGGUCGUGAGAUUUUUUACGAUAACGCAAUAAAAGUAAUAUUAAUACGACGUAAAAAUAAAAUGCUGUUUUAAAAAGGGUCGCACAGAUGUUCCGAAAAUUGAUUUAUUAUUUACUAUAGGCACCCGUGUACACAUUGUAAGGUGCAAUAAAAAAAAAAUUGUUUAUAAAACGCGGUUGCACAAAAUAUUGUAACUAUCACAAUCGUCGAAUGAAAAUGUUGUAAUAUUAACAAAAAAAAAAAACAUAUUUCUUUUUCAGAAAUGGAGUGUUCUACCGUACUCAAUGGCUGAUUAAAUGUUAAGAUUUUUUCAUUAUUUAUAAAUUAUUUAUUUAUUUAUUAACUAUAAUUUAUUUAUUUAUUUAUUUAUUAUAAAAUACAUACUUAUGUAUUUGAAAAUCCGUAAGACGGAAACGUGCGAGUACAAUAAAUUAUUUUCUAUACAUUUACAAA